CUCUUCCAUCAGACAUGGAGACCAUAUUCUCUUGUUUCAUUAGGAACGGAAUCCUUGGAUAGCGGAGAAUAAUCUGUAAUUAGCCGAUUUAGGAUACUUCGGUCAUGGCAAUGCUUCGAGUCGUUUGUUUCCCCUCGCGGGAGGACAAAUCAAUCAUGUCAAAGGCAAAGGCCACCAAGGCCCAGCAGCCCGCUGUUAUACACAAAGUGAUCAUGGUGGGCAGUGGAGGUGUGGGCAAAUCUGCUUUAACUUUACAAUUUAUGUACGAUGAGUUUGUAGAAGAUUACGAACCAACAAAGGCCGACUCGUACCGAAAGAAGGUUGUGUUAGACGGGGAGGAGGUCCAAAUAGAUAUCCUCGACACGGCGGGACAGGAGGACUAUGCCGCCAUCCGGGACAACUAUUUUAGAAGCGGGGAAGGUUUCUUAUGUGUAUUUUCAAUAACAGAACAAGAGUCAUUUCAAGCGACGGCAGAAUUUAGAGAACAGAUUUUACGGGUGAAAAAUGACGAGAACAUUCCAUUCUUGUUGGUCGGUAACAAAGCAGAUUUAGAAGAUAAACGCCAAGUCACGAUAGAAGAGGCACAGGGACGGGCGCAGCAAUGGAACGUCCCUUACGUGGAGACGUCUGCAAAAACUAGGGCUAAUGUUGAUAAAGUUUUUUUCGAUUUAAUGCGAGAGAUCCGAUCGCGAAAGAUGGAAGCGAGUAAACAAAGUAACGGCAAGAACAAGAAGAAAAAGGACAGUAAAAAACGAAAAUGUACGAUUUUGUAAAAAAGUAAAACGUUUGUGCAAUCGUGGCAAAUAAUGUGCGAUACCAGUUGUGACGACGGACAUUCGUCUCUACAAGUUAUAUGCUUCACUCCCGGGAAUGAUUUCUGAAAAAAACGUAAAAUAACGUAAUCACAAUGAUAUGGACGAUUUUGUAAAAAUGAAAUGAAAGUUUCUGCAGUGGUUAGCAAUGACUAGACAUUACAAGUUACCUUGAGGGGGAUCCUUCGAAUGUGCAGCCCGGAUAUCAAUCGUUUCUGUGGGAUGUUAUGAUUUGUCAAGGACACAAAAUACUCUUCAAGUGGUUCAGAUUUCGAAAAACGGGAACAGUGUGGCAUUUUGACGACGGAUAUCGUGAUGCCUGUUGUCAGAAAUUCGUUUGUUUUUAAUGUCUGGUAUUAGAAACAAUGAUACAAAACAAUCAGCUCCACUCGAUGAAGUCGACCGGAGAAAAAAUCAACUGAUUCUCAUUCGUGGAUUAAAAUCUGAACCUCUUUAUCAAAUGUGGCUAGGAGUUGGUUAUUGCAGAAAUGACCUCUUUCCUGGCUUGUCUGCAUCAUAGCAAGUUCGAGAUCGACCCUAUGAUUCUGAAGGCUUGAUAGAGGUUUAUGGCACUGGACAAGGCAUUCUGUGGUGUAGUAGCUUUGAUGUCGUGGCUGGGACUCUCGACUUGUGGUCAAGAGGUCCUGGGUUCGAUCGCCACUGUCGGCGUGAGACUGUAGGCAGGUCUCUCUGUCUACUUGUCUCUCUGCACCCAGGUGUAUAAAUGGGUACCGGUCAGAAGUGCUCAUGGUUGAUUAGCUCAUCUGAGGUAUACUGUGAAAGGUUUCAGGACAGACGGGGGUUAAAGUGUACAGUCGUAUGAUAACCCAUAUUGUAGGCGAUAUCCGACUAUGAACCCCAAAUUUUAGCUUCUUAUUGGUGAACCAACAUCUUAAACAUCACCUUGCAUAUAUGCAUUUCUCUGUCAAGAUUUGUUCCAGUCCAUUUGGAAGUUGUUUUGUUAAAUCUGAACGUAGCGUCAAUUACCGGGUAACGUGUUGCCAUGGUAACGUGUUAUUCUUGGUAACGUAGUGUUACAUUCUUGAUAGUGUAGUGUUCUCUUGGUAACGUAGUGUUGCUUGGUAACAUGUACUGUGUUUGCUCAAUGUGUUGCCAUGGUUACGGUAUGUAGCACGAGUCGGUUUUUCUUAAACAAUUCAGCAAAAUAGACCUGUAACCGGCCAAAUUUUUGCCAAUUGCCAUAAUUUCUGAAAGAAAAAAGUGUUUUUUUCGCUAUUUUUAUCAACGCGGAUCUAAGUAAAAUCUUUGUCGGGAUUGGGUGGGCAAUUUUGUGCUUGCCGAGUUAUGAAUUUCUGUAAUAAUGAUAUAUCCGUCUGGGCUCGGCCUUGAGGAUAGUUCUGAAAUGAUUGUGACGCAUAACAGUAGAACCUCUCUAUUGCAGACACCCUUGGGACAGACAAGUGCUGUCCUUGAUAGAGGCGUCCUGAUUAGAGAAGUCAAAUCAGAUGGAAACCACCAAUUUGUGUCCUUAAUAGAGAGGUUUUCCUUAAUGGAGAGGUGUCUGCUAAGAGAGGUUCCUCUGUAUCUUGAGAUGAAAUUUCCUGUAGCCCUGGGGUUGAAUUCAUUCACUGCUAGGUCCCAAGGGAUGCAGUACAUGUAUAUUGGUUGAAUUAACCACCAGAACUGCGUGUUGAUAUUUUGUGAGUGACGUUACUGACUUGUCUUGCGCCAUCUUGCGUCUAUUUCAGUCAAUAUUUUUACCGUUUUAUCCUGAACAUGUGGCAUGCUUGACCAGUGAAAACUGUUGUAAAUAAACUGUGUGAUUAUCGGAUGAAAUUGAAUUUUUUUGCUAAAAUGAGCUACAUCUGACUUAUAUUUAUUUUUUGCAUCUCUGGCCUAUUUUUGCUGCCAUAGCCAUAGCUUGUAACAAGAAUUGAUAAAUAGAUUUUAUUAAUUGUUGCUUGUAAAGAGGAUAUUUUAAUGAGCGUAUCUUAUUCUUUUGCAAAGCCUUACCAUAACAUGGUGAAGGACUGAUUGCGGCUGUGGGUUGUCUCUGACCACUGCAGCUGCGAGAUACAGUUGCCUGUUGAUGCCUACUGUUAAAAUUAUCCAAAUUCUGUUCCUUAAUAUUGUGACUUGUCACGACACAACAUUGAGAAAUGAAACUAUGAAUUCGACUAUAUUAUUUACAAAUGUAUAAAACUAGGAAAUUUUCAGUAUUCUGAUCUGAUUAUUGUUCUGAAUGAGUGAUGAUAAGAUGUAGUGUUGUAGCUUGCUUCGAUUAAAUGCCCAAUUAUGCAACAUAGAUAGGUCCCCCUCCUAAUGACUUGGCGCCUUUUAAAGCUUUGAUUGUGUGAAAUAUCCACUCGGGAAGUCUUUCAUAAUUAGUUUGAUAUUAGUUGUUGUAAUCACUGCCAAUAUCGCUGCAUAUUCAAGCUAGCUGUCAACGGCGAUGUUUCUUUUUAUGACAAUCAGUUCCAGUCAUUUACCUUACAUUUCAAUUACAUUUGCAGAUAUGAAAGAUUUGGUUGACAUUCUUUCCCAAUAAAAAUCUUUCACCACUGCUCUAACAAAGAUAACAUUCUGAUCGAAGAGGAUGCAGAGCAUACCAAAUAUCAUGCUAACUUUGUCACCUGGCCCUGGUUUUUCAAAGCUCCGCUAUCUGCUAACGGUGAUUAGGCAACUGCCAAACCACAGUUAUCUUUAUAGCGUGUUGCCAAAUUUGCCACUGUCCCACCGCUAAGUUAGCAGAACCUCAAGGGCUCUACCAUGGGGUUCUGUCAAAUUUUAGGGUUCGGGGUUCCGCCAAGUUUUAGUGGAACCCCAAGGGUGAUGAUGCAGCAUGUUAACCCUUUUGCUGUAGCAGCCCUUUUAUGGCCGGGGCCAUCUUGAGCCGACAAUGGAGCUUACUUAUAUCUUAAAGGUGGAAACUAUUCAAAAGUGUCACCAUCUAUACGAUUUCUAUCAGGAUGAAACUAACGUUCCUCAAGUGAGUUUGGCGUGUUUCGAGAGGGCACGACCAAGUGUUGGUAUACUGAAAUAUUAGUGGGGCAUGAUAUGCUGUUCGUGUCAAAGGGGCAAGUACAUGUCAUGCUAUGCACAUCACCCACAGCAAAAGGGAAGAAUAAUCUUGUGCAAAAAACUUAAAUCUUACAAAGCAAAGAAUAAUCUUGUAUAAAAUGCGUUUAUAAAGAGUUGUUGAUGAGUAUGUAGUGCAAAUCUAGGUGAAUACAAGCCGCAUAUGCGGGUAUUAUCAUGCAGAUAAAUGUUUAUGUUUUUCCAACUAAAUUUUAGUGAUUUAUUUUAAAGGGACAAUAUAGGCAGCAGCUAGGUAGGCAAGAUAAAGUUACACAAAGGCGCCAAGAGGGGUCUCUCACAUCUCACAGUACAUCGAAAUGAUUCACGCUUGUACGAAGAAUGUAUUAAGUGCUGAAUCUGACAUGACCCAGUACCAUUACUGUAUAUAUUAGUCCCCGGAAGAUGGCCAAAUUAGCCCCUCUGCUCCUGCCUAUAGUCCCCCUUUAUCUUUUAGUUGUAGGACCAUUGAGUCUCCAGCAGAUGUUUAUGUUUUAUUAUGGGUCGACUUGUGCGAGCAGUUGACUUGUAGAUCAUAAUCGAAGGGGUACGCUGUUAAUAAUUACUGGUGGUCCAGGAAAAUAGAAACGCAGUUAUACACAAUGCCGUAGUGCAGUAAGUUUUAAUGCAAGCAACUUCACUGAAACUUGGUGUAUAUAGUACAUGUACUUGUAUAUCUGUCUAUACAAAGGCAAUGUUGAAAUUUAUAUUCAGUACUAAUGACACUGUCUCAUAUCUUUGUUACACUGGUCGUAAACUUUAUCACCAACCACCCCGAAUUCAGGUGUCUGGUACUCCAAGCAAUCACCAGGAGGCACUGUGCACCACUUAAGUUAUUCUUGUCGAAUUGGUGGCAAAUUCUUUGACCAAGGAAACACUUUGACCAAGGAAAUUUGUUCAAAGGUCGUGCAAAAAUCACCAGGAAUUACACUUUCUGUUGCUGAUUUACACUUUUUCACCAAGGGUUUUGCACAUUGCUGGACUCUUACGUUAUCAAUACUCACGGAUCAGGGCCCAAAACCUAACUUUAAUAUAUUUUUCUCCUGUACAGAACCUUGGAUGUAGUGUAGUCGAUAAUAAUCUUGUUAUUUUCGUAAGUGAACGCACUGGUCGGUCGUCGUGAAAUCCGAGGACCCCAUGUGCACUGGCCAAGUGGGCAAAAUUUUGCAUGUCAAGAUGAAUUUUUAUGAACCGGGCAGAAUACUACACAUUUUGCAGUUGGUUGAUGACAGUGUCAGUCGUUUUGUGAUGAUUUUACAAAAAGCUGGCAAUUUUCUUUGGGUUAUCAGAUGUCAAAUUGAAGUUGGUCUCGCUUAUUAAAGAGAUUCUUGCCGACAAUUAUAUAGUUUGGACAUUGUGAAAAUAUAAAAUCUAGUGAAACCCCUCCAUUAAGGACACUCUCAAGCUCAGAUAAGCUGUCUUUAAUAGAGAGGUUUCCUUGUUACAGUUAUCAAAUUGAAUAGAAAUUGGCUCUUUCUUAUCAAAACCAGUGUCGGUAAUCAAGUGGGUGUCCUGCAUGUACUUACAGAGGUGUCCGUAGUGGGAGGUUUCACAGAACACACAACCACUGCGGUCAUUUUUAGUCGGACAGUUAAUUAUAUUCCCAUCUGCAGAGAGUCAUUUCGGGAAAAUGAGGAUAAUCAGUUGAAAAGUGUAAGUAAAAUUGGCAUCUGGGAAAGUGUCAUAAAUGUCCGCAUCGUUUGUGUCUCAGUGGGGCGAUCCAUUGGUCGGAUUUCUUCAAAGUUUGGUUUUUAUUGGUCUUCUUCUCAAAACAAAACAGGAUUUUCUCAUUUAAGUAACCAUGGUAACGAAAAAUUUUCCGUGUGCAUUCGUGUACAUUGACAUAAUGCAUUGAAUUCAGACAUUUUCCACUCUGUACGGUUAACUUCGUGACCAAUCUUGAUGAAAUGUUCAGGUUGUUAUUUUGUUGUGUCGAUCUACUCAUGUACCAAGUAUGAAUGAGAACUAUCCAGAAACAAAAUAUGGCCUAUCCAGGUUGAACCCUCAAAAUGACCAUUGGACUUUGCUGAAGAAUCUUCAUGGAGAAUGCUGUACCCCUAAAAUCCUGUUUGGUUUUGGGGCAGGUAUCAAUAAAACCCAAACUACAAAGAAAUUCGACCUGUAGUCCACCCUCCAGAGCCCCACGGACAUAAAAUGGUGAAGCUACGAAGACGAUUUAGGUUCUUUUUACACACAACUUUCAUGCCUGUAAUAUUGAUGCUUGAUGAUAAUAAUUAUUGUAUAUAUAAAAGAA